AUGUCCGCAGGACUUGAUCCCAAUGCAAGCUGUGAGACAGAAAACAUACAAAUUUAUGACGGCGCCUCAGUCGAUUCACGCCUCCUCGGGAAAGUCUGCAGUAAAAGUGACUAUGUUCCGGUAUUUGAAUCAACUUCCAACAGCCUAACUUUCCAAAUAAUCACCAGCGCCUCGAUAUUUCAAAGGACUGCCUUUGCCUUCUAUUAUUACUUUUCACAAGAAUCACAUACCGAGAACUGCGGUGGUUACUUUGAUGCUCUGACCGGUUCCUUGGUUAGUCCCAAUUAUCCAGAAGCUCAUCCGGAAUUUACAUACUGUGUUUGGCACAUCCAAGUGGAGAAAAAUUAUAAGAUAGAGGUGGCCUUCGAGGAGAUUUUCCUAGAAUUAGACGACAACUGCAAAUUUGAUUUUCUUGCCAUUUACGACGGCCCUUCCACAGACUCCGGUUUAAUCGGACAGGUGUGCGGUCUUAUAAAGCCCAUGUUCACAUCUUCUUCAAACGCUCUGACCAUCGUGCUAUCGACAGAUGAUGCCAAUUCUUACCGAGGUUUUUCUGCUUCCUAUAAGGCCGUUUACGCUGAGGAGGUUAAUACCACGUCUCUUACUUGUUCGUCUGACAAAAUGGUCGUCAUUUUAAACAAAUCGUACCUGGAGUCACUUCACUAUAACGAGGAUAACUUGCAACUGAACGAUCCGACUUGCAAACCCAGGGUGUCAAAUGUCAUUGAAUUUUCUAUCCCUUUGCAUGGAUGCGGUACAAUUAAAAAGGUGGAAGAGCACGCCAUCACGUACACCAACAUCAUCACUAUCGCCGACUCGCCGCCUUCUGAAAUAAUCACUCGCCAGAAACACCUCCAGAUUAUUGUGAAGUGUGAAAUGGAAAGCAAUUCCACAGUAGAAAUAAUGUACGUGACAGAAGAUAACAUCGUACAAAACGAAAGCGCCUCAGGCAGAUACAACGUCAGCAUGGCUCUUUUUGAAUCCAAUGCAUUCGUCACUCCUUUGCCGCAUUCACCGUACGACGUGGAUUUGAACCAGACUCUUUUCGUUCAGGUUACCCUGCACACUCCUGAUCCCAAUUUAGUCGUGUUUCUCGAUACCUGUACAGCAUCACCGUCAUCGGAUUUUGGGUUACCGAUAUAUGAUCUAAUCAGGAGUGGAUGUGAAAAAGAUAAUACCUCUAAAAUCUAUCCGUUACUUGGACACUACGGAAGAUUCCAGUUUAACGCCUUUAAGUUCUUGGGGACCCUUGGAUCCGUUUACCUCCAGUGCCAAGUUUUAAUUUGUGACAGUAACGACAGUCAAUCUCGCUGCAAUCGAGGCUGUGUCACCAGACAGAAACGAGAUAUCUCUUCCUACAGAUGGAAGGCUGAUUCGGUCAUAGGGCCCAUUCGUUUGAAAAGGACUCCUAACCCUGGUAAUCCAGAGUUUCGUAGUCAAGCAGAUGCAGGAGAAACUCGGUACCAGCCAGGCAACAGUUUCCAUCUUCUCUCAUUCGCGGUCCUGGCUCUGAAUGUGGCGAUUGGGGCCGGAAUGGUCAUGAGGCACUACGUGAACCGCAGAAAGGGGUACGGAUACCAGAAACUACAGGACUGCUGA